UUCCCGUCAGUGUGUCCGCUACCAGCUGCCCACAUGCACGGACCGAGGGCGCACAUAGGGACGGGCUGUGCGAUUUAUUGUUCGGAGUGAGUUAACACCUGGAUUGCGAAGCGUCUUUUUUAUUUCUUUCUAUUUGUUGUUGUUUCCGACUCUUGGGCUUAAGAAACAACCUGCCAUCAUGUCCAUGUCUCGGGCUCCAGAUGAUGUGAGCAAGCUCACUGAAAGUACAUUCAAGAAUGUGAUGGACCAGUUCACCCCAAGCCUGAGGAACCUGGUGAACCUCGGGAAGAACUAUGAGAAGUCAGUGACAGCCAUGACUCUUGCUGGAAGGACCUAUUUUGAUGCAGUCUCAAAGAUCGGAGAGAAUGCUAUUGUGUCUCCAGCCUCCAAAGAGCUUGGUAUGGUUCUAAUGGAGAUUGCCGAAUCCCACAAAAAGGUCCAUAAUGAACUGGAAGAGCAUUUCAAGAGGUUCCACACAGAGAUUAUCACAGAGCUGGAGAAGAAGACAGAGAUGGAUGUUAAAUACAUGACUGCCACCUUCAAGCGCUAUCAGACAGAGCACAAGCUGAAGCAGGACUCCCUGGAGCGCUGUCAGACAGACCUGAAGAAGCUUAGGAGGAAAAGCCAGGGAAAGCACCCAUCAAAGUAUGAACACAGAGAGAGCGAGUAUUUGCAGACCAUCUCAUCGCGCCAGAUGGACAUGCAGAAGUUCAUCGCUGACGGCUGCAAAGAGGCCUUACUGGAAGAAAAGAGGCGCUUCUGCUUCCUGGCAGACAAACACUGCAUGUUCUCCUAUCAAAUUAGCAACUUCCAUGAGAAAGCUAAAGACAUUCUGGCUGUGAAACUCCCCGGCUGGCAGGAAAAGUGCAGCGACAUCACCAUGCCUGACACGAUGUCGAACAUAAUCGAGGAGCUGUCCGCCACUCCAGAACAAUCGCCACUGGUACAACACUACAACAGGAACAACAGGGAGCCUGCAGGGCCUCCUCCAGCACCACCGCAAAAGGCUCAUAUCAGUCAGCUAGCCAGUAUGUUUAACCCUGACCCCAGAUCUCUGCGCAGCAUCUCUUCAGACCAUAACUCAGACCAGGGCAGUCUUGGAGGGGACAGUCUGUCUCGGUCUAUAUCCCAGUCGUCUGGUCUCAACAUGGGUCGGAAGCUCCAGGUGAGAACCAUCUUUCCCCACACGUCGAGUAGCGACACACUCCUCAACUUCCACGAAGGCGACAUCAUUAAUUUGCUCAUCCAGGAAGAGAGGGAUGGCUGGCUGUACGGAGAGCUGGAGAAGACAGGGCAGCGGGGCUGGUUUCCCUCAUCUUACUGCAGACCUUGUACUGAGUCAGCAAUAUCAAAUAGCAAUCUGGACACACCAAUGCCAGAGGGGGAGGAGGAGCCGGUGUUGCUGCCACCGCCAGACUACAGCGAUGACACCCCCUUUAGCACAGUGCAGAACACGGUUCCUUUAGUCAACGGGACUGCAAAGGCUCCAUUUCUAGGAGGAGGGAAUCCGUUCGCCACAGUCAAGCUGAGGCCAACUGUCACGAAUGACAGAUCAGCACCAGCCAUCUAACACAGCAGGAGGAUGUUCGACCCUGUCAUGCCUUCUGUGGAAUUAUGCAACAUGGGACCCCUGUGACACACUGAAUAUCACCCCUACCUGACAUCUCUCUAGUCUGCAUGCUAGUCUCUCUCAGUACCAGUCUAAUCCAUUAAAGAGGUCCAUCGUUUCUGGGCACAAGGUUGUGUUACACCAAUGUGUGUUUUACAUUAGCCACAACAGGGAAACUUUGCAUAAUCAACACAUGGAGAAACGAGAUAUCCUGAAAAAUGUUGUAGUGCAGUGUUUGAAAAUGUUAUUCAGCCACUUGCUGUUUGGAGUAACAGUUCAGCCCAGUAUGAAAAUGUAGGCUUUUAUCCAUGAACAAUGAAAACUUGGAUUGCUGAAUGUAGGUGCAUCUCAAACAUCCCAGCUUUUUUCCAAAGUAACAGGAGUAACAGGGGUAACUUUUUGAAAAAGAAAGUGUAAAAACCCACAAGGGUAAUCCUGUGGCUGCGGAGCACAUGAAUUACAGUAAAGGUCUCAGGAUGUAAGCUGCUUUUAGCAGAGUAAUAUGAGGCUGAGAUGAAACUACAACAUGCGUCAUGCAGUGAGUCCGAUAGUCAAACAUCAUAAUCUCUUUCUGCUAAAAAUCAAAUUAGGCAGUAAAACCUGCAUCUUCAUUUUAGGGUGAAGUUUCCCUUUAAGAUUGCCUCUUACAUGCUCAGACGUGCCAUAAGGUCUUUUCAGACUUGUUUAUAUGCCAGUCAGUGCAGUGGUGUAAAAUGAAGAGCUCCAGAUGUAAAUGAGAUGGACCUGAUACUGAUGAAAUGGACUAGCACCCAGGCUGUCUUCCUGACUUGCCAAAAAUAUAUUUUAUUUCUAUUUUUAUUAUAGUUAUUUUAGUCCAUUUUAAAGAGGAAUACAGAGGUUGUGAGAAUGAUGGGAGAUAGAUGUGAUGGGAAAAGGGUUUGUCAUUUGAAUAAAGGUAAAACAGUACGACACUGUUUAAAAUUACAAGGUUAUUUAUAUACAGUACCGUGUGUUC